UUACGUCUUUCUAAUUUUUUUUAUUGUGAUUUAAAUGCAAAUAAGUGUCUCACACGCAGAAUCCCCCCUCCCGCCCCCCAUGCUCGCACCCGCUGUAUCCAGUGACUGCUUAGACAACACUCCAGCCUGGUCCGCGGAAGCAGCUGGAGGUUUCGACCAAGCUGGGCUCAGAAGCCAGUUGUUGGCGCUGUCCGUGGUGCUGAGGAAUUCCCGGCUGCCGGCAGGAUGAGCUCCGAAUCAGCAGUCUGCAAACUGCUCCCAGCGAUGGCAAACCCCAGCUAAAGUUGCGCCUUUGCUUCACGUCCACAGUUAGAAUCUUCUGGUGUGUGAGGAGGGAUUCAGUCAACACACUGUGGACGAUGCUGACGGUUCUGCCGGUGGAGUGGACUCUAAGCUUCAGUGUGCCGUUUCUGUUUGUGAUCCUCAGAGCCUAGCCAAGUCACCUCUACUGCCGUAGCAAACACUGUGUAAGUGAACCCAUGUGUGGAGGAGGCGUAAUCAGCCAGGAAAUUUCAUAGAAGGAUCUAAGAAAAUGCUAAAAAUAAGUUCAAUAUGAUUCUGCUACCAGGGUCCGGAUUUCCACAGGACCAGCGUUGCUUCUUGCUUUGAAUUCUGAAGACAGGUCCAAAGCAUAUUUCUUAUGUGUGUCUGCUGUGUUUCUCUCUGGAAGGGUGGGAGACUGCUUCUUGGCUGUGUUUUGAAAUGGGAGGUAGAGAGGAUGGAUUACCUUUAAUUCACGACUGAAAAUGCAUUCUUUGGGUGACUAAAGAGGACCGGCUUUCCAAAGACAUACCUGACCUUUAAGUUCAGAUUGGUCUGUGACCCACCGCACUACCAUUAACCUCAGAGUGACUAGCCCACCCCUCUUGCAUUCCCAUGGAAGGAGCUGAGUAUAUUUAAUAUUAGGAGAACAUCCAGAAGUCUGUGAGGAGGGGGAUGGCUCUUCCUAUUCAUGAAGCUUGCAUACUUCUAUUGGUCAUCCCUGGAUUGGUCACCUCUGCCGCCAUCAGUCACGAAGACUAUCCUGCUGAUGAAGGUGACCAGGCUUCCAGUAAUGACAAUCUGAUCUUUGAUGACUAUCGAGGGAAAGGGUGUGUGGAUGACAGCGGCUUUGUAUACAAGUUGGGAGAACGGUUUUUCCCAGGGCAUUCCAACUGUCCGUGUGUCUGUGCUCUAGAUGGACCUGUUUGUGACCAGCCAGAAUGCCCUAAAAUUCAUCCGAAAUGUACAAAAGUGGAACACAAUGGAUGCUGUCCCGAAUGUAAAGAAGUGAAAAACUUUUGUGAAUAUCAUGGAAAAAAUUACAAAAUCUUGGAGGAAUUUAAGCCCUCUCCAUGUGAAUGGUGUCGCUGUGAGCCCAGCAAUGAAGUUCACUGUGUUGUAGCAGACUGCGCAGUUCCUGAGUGUGUCAACCCAAUCUAUGAACCAGAACAAUGUUGUCCUGUCUGCAAAAAUGGUCCCAACUGCUUUGCAGGAACUACAAUAAUUCCAGCUGGCAUUGAAGUGAAAGUGGACGACUGUAACAUCUGUCACUGUCACAACGGGGACUGGUGGAAACCCGCUCAGUGCUCAAAGCGCGAAUGCCAAGGCAAGCAGACUGUGUAGGGCAAAUUCCCGAACGGUGACAAGUUCUAGGAAGGGAUGCUAUGGCUUCUACACUGCACAUGUCUAACACUCAACCACAUGAGCAAACAAAUUCCUGCCAGCUACAACAGGGUCACCAGCAAAACCUUCUGGGGUUGACAAAAGUGAUUAUUUUACGAAGAGGAAAUUUCUCUCUCUUUCUCUUGCUAUAUAAAAUAUACACAGCAUAUGGCUAUCUAAACCACUUUUGUAAUUACCAAUGCUUGAUGGUGACUUGACGACCGAGAAUUCUGGGACAAGAAAGAAAGAAAACAACCUUGGGCAGGCUCCCUCCCAGGUGAUGUCUCUGACCUGCCAAUCCAUGUCCCUUGAUUUACUCCAUUUUUACUCUGUUGGCGCGUACUACACUUUUCUGUAUUUUCUACCUUUGGAAUCUAAAGGGGUCAGAUUUGAUUGCACAGUAAAGUUUUGUGUUGUAUCAGAAGUGAUUGAGAAAGAAACUUUAGAGGGAAAUAUCCUUCCAGAGGGGGAUGGUGGAAGAGGGUCCAAGCCGCAGCUCUCUUGGGGCGGCUAUUGUGUCUGUAGGCUAAGAAACAGAGUAGUAAACUGGGUCCUCUAUACACCAACGUGAGGAACAACUAGUUUGUCCAGUAUGUUGGGGCUCACUAUCGAUUCUUACAAACCACACAUUUCAUCCACAAAACUUUGAAACUGCCAAUCGGAAACAAGUAGAUGAAGAACCCAAAGAGACAGGUAUUUAAAACUGUAGCAUUUAGUCACCAGACAUCUCCAUGAUGCCAGCUUUGAGUUUGGUUUAUAAUUAAACACACCACAAAGCCCACCUUGUCACCAGGCAAUAGAAAUACCAGAACCAGGGUGAGGAGCCCCACUGUGAGUCAAUCUUUCUAAACCCUUCUAACUCUCAAGUUCCAAUUUGGCUGGAAGUCAGUCCUAUACACAGCAGUUUUUAUGGUUUGGGACUGUGUUUACCAUGUUCCAGUAACAACCACUCAGCCCUAAAUCUAAAAUCCAGAUUCAGGACACUUUCCACCUUAAGUGCUGAUGUAAAAUAAAGAUUAGGGUAGAGUGACUCUUGCACAAUAUAAUUUCAUUAGUUGAACAUUUUUAAUGUAUAUAUUAGAUACUGAACUAUUAAAAUGAACCUUUGAAGAGUCUCAAGGUUGCCCUGGUAAUGCUGCUAGUAUAAUAACAGAAAAAAAUAAUAAAAGAAAUACACAGGGUAUCUGAUGCCAUCGGCAGUUAACUGCAAAAUUCACAGUUCUGAGACCACAUGACCCAGUUGCUUAGUCCACUAUCUGUCCUCACACCCCUGGUGUAGAUCUGAUAGGGAAAUUUCAAAGUUUUCUUCAUCUCCAGUUGUCUUUCUUUUUCCUGUUUUCUGCUCCCAAACACAGUCUGGGUUUCGUGUGGCUUCCGUGGAGGAACACAUCACGCAGAAGGACAUCUCAACCUCAGUCUACCAUUUAGGGCCAGGCUAGUAGGAGCUAUGCUUCACACUCUUAGGAUGCUAAGUGACAUUCCUGGAUUUCAUCCGCCAGGACCAGGAACAUCCACCUAGUUAUAUCAACCAAAUGUCCUCAGACGUUGCCAAAAGUCCUCAAGGGGUGUGGGUAGGGAACAAAAUUUUACCUGGCUGAGAAGCUGUGUCCUUCAGCUGUAUCAUUUCUGCCACUUGACAUGCCGGGCAGCUCUGACUGCACACACAUGGCUUUGUUGAGCCCCUGAGCCCUUUGGAUCACACACAACCAGUAACCCCAGGGUCAGUCUCCUCCCUACCAAGUGAUGCUUCUAAGACCCACUCUCGGGACACCAGUUUCCUUAGUCUCCUAAAUUACUUUUCUCACUUAAAGUUGUCAGCCUCUCCUCCCCAGAAGCACCACCUGUCAUCAAGAAAAAGUUGUCAUUUCCAAAAUGAAUGUGCCGACGAGCCAGACCUGACACUUUUACACACACUAGGCUUGUGUUAUGGUACAAAUAACCAUCCUGGUGCCAUCCGAGGAAGAACAUCCAGCCGCCUUUCUUUAGAACACCAAUUUGUUGCAAGGUUGGUGCCUUUCAGUUGCCACUAUGGAUACAUCAUAGAGACAGCCAUGAAUCUUUCAUGAGCAAUUCUGCAUGAUUUAUGCCUGCACUCAAAAGCAAAAGGCACCGCACACUUCAGCCUGUGUCUAGACAAAGUUGUACUCUACAGCUCUCUUUGCCCUGAGGUUACCUAUUGACAGUCCCCCAAAUCCACAUUCUUGAAAGGAAAUAAUAAUGAUGGUUAUUAUUAUUAUUAUUAUAAAUGACAGGAAUAAGAUCUAAAACUAAAAACAAAUCAAUGAUAGAGCCAUGUAGCAUAGACCCUUAUCUGUUAUUAAGGAGUUAGUAUGCCCUUGUUAGAAACAAAGAAUGUGUAACUUGGAAGCCAAGGUAUAGAAAUUUUGCAUAAAAGUCUGAGCCCACUGAUCCUCACAGCCAGGACUCGGUGGGAUAGAGUGUAACAUCCAUCAAAACUCUCUUCAGAGAGUUUGCCGCUGGCAGCCGUUCAAUGGCCUCUAUUACAAACUUGAGAAGGAGAUUUUCAUCACUGUUCAUGUCGGGUUGGGCCUGGUUUCUUUUGUCUGUUUAGUAUAUUGUUUUGUUUUUGUUUUUUUUUUCCAUUCCACUACAAUUCCUUUAAUACUCCCAAUCACCGAUGCUUUCCCCCUUUUAGGGACAGACAAACCUAUACUGUGACAGAAUUUCUCAUAAACCGAUACCCAUUUAACAACUUCCUUCUAGCCAGGUCACUGGGCUCUUCUUUCCAAACCUCUGAAUGUCAGAGUUCUUCUCGUCUCAUCGUUUUGUUGUUGUGGUUGUUAUUUCUUUUGAAGGCUUUGAUUACAGCCACACAGUCACCUCUGUGUUAUCCUUUCUCUUCUGCCUUUGGGUCUCGGCUUUAAAUUCAGCUAUGUUUAAAUAAGGGAUCAGCAUCCAGUUUAUCAGCUGAUGCCUGUUAAACUGAUGCAGUUUCUAAAAUCUCUGAAAAAUGGUGUGCCUGAAAACUAGUGAGAGAGAGAGAGGAAAAAAAAAACACUAAAUAAUAAACUGUAAAAAAAAAGGGGGAUUCUAGCAACAAUAUUUGAUGUGUAAAAGAAUAUAUUAUUAAAAAAUUAUUUUGUUAAAUAUAAAGUGUGUUAACCAGUGACCAUUGUUUGUGGUAUAUUUUCCUGCCCACGUUUCUCUUUUCUCCACUCCUUCUUAUUCAAUGAUGAAGUCACAGUGGCUUCUGUCACCCAACAGCACACACCCCAUUACAGCUGUAGCCAAAUAGAAUUAAGCUUUAACUCUAGUAUUUGCCUGAGUGCAUUUUCAUUUUUCAAAAUAGGAGGCAAGGCUGACUUGGGGGAAGGGGAGGCAUCACCGAAAAAGGCUCAAAUAAACUACAAGUGGGAGUGUUUGAAAUGGCAGGGUCAAAAACCCUUCCUUCCUCCACACCCAUGCUCAGCACUGCAGUGUGUGAAUGUUCGGACAUGUCAAGAACAGUGCGAGCCUCAAAGACCGCAGCAUUAUGUCCAGUCUCCAUACCACAGCUACAAAGAAGGAAUCCUGCCUGUGUUCUAACUCCUGAGAAAAUAAGAAUAUAAAGAGGCGAAUCUAACAUCAUGAGAUGAGAAA